AAUGCAGCUGGCUUUACGACGCUCCAUCCAUCAAGCCGCGCUGCAAAGGCAGAGAGAGCAGAGUCCAGGUGGCUUCAAGGAUGAUUUACGUCCAUACACUGUUGCGCCUCGCAGAAUAUUCGGGAUGAAAAUGACACAAGCAACUUCAGUUUCCACUUUUUUGUAGAAAAAAAAAAAAUACAUUUUCGGAUUUUACUACUCCUCAUCGUGCGGUGUAGCCUAUUACAUUUUGUAUUCAACUAAAAGCGGAGAAGUUGGACGUCAUCUUCUAAGGGUGAAUAUCUUUGACCUCAGACCAUGGCCUACACUCUGGGCUCGGCCACCGACGGCCAGACGCGCAGUGUUGCACCUCAGCACUGCGUCACUCGGGUGGAGCUGUCUGUCACUGCAUCCAGCCUGCUGGACCGAGAUGUAGCCUCCAAGUCGGACCCGUUCUGUGUUCUCUUCCAUGAGGUGGAGGGUAACUGGGUGGAGAUCUGCCGCACUGAGACCGCUGUGAACAACUUGAACCCAGUGUUUGGAAAGAAGUUUCAGGUGGACUAUCACUUUGAGGAGAUCCAGAAGCUUCGCUUUGCCAUGUUCGAUGAAGACAAGUGUGCCACACAGCUCUAUGAACAUGACUUCCUGGGAGAAUUCAUUUGUACACUGGGAGUGAUUGUGUCCAAUAAGAAACUUCACAGACCGUUGAUCUUGGCCAAUGGGAAGCCAGCUGGCAAGGGAACCAUUAUGAUAACGGCUCAGGAGCUGUCUGACAACAGAAUCAUCACUUUGACCUUGAGUGGGCGAAAACUGGAUAAGAAGGACUUCUUUGGGAAGUCGGACCCCUACCUUGAGUUUCACAAGCAGGGAGAAGACAGCAAAUGGAUGCUGGUGCACAGGACAGAGGUCAUAAAGAACACUUUAGAUCCAUCUUGGAAACCCUUUACUGUGCCACUCAUUUCUCUAUGCAAUGGCGACGUGGACAGGAACAUCAAGGUCCUGUGUUACGACUAUGAUAAUGAUGGAGGCCACGACUUCAUAGGAGAGUUUCAAACCACGGUUGCCAAGAUGAGUGAGGCCCAGAACUCAGUGGAGGUUGAGUUUGACUGCAUCAACCCCAAGAAACAGAAGAAAAAGAAGAACUAUAAAAACUCUGGAGUUAUUAUUAUAAAGUCAUGUAAGGUAACAAGAGACUACACCUUUCUGGAUUACAUACUGGGCGGCUGCCAGCUCAUGUUUACAGUCGGUAUAGACUUCACAGCAUCCAAUGGGAACCCUCGAGAGCCAUCCUCCCUCCACUACAUCAACCCACUGGGCAGCAACGAGUAUCUGGCUGCCAUUUUAGCUGUGGGACAAAUCAUACAGGACUAUGAUACCGACAAAAUGUUUCCUGCCCUGGGAUUUGGAGCUCAACUCCCACCAGACUGGAAGGUGUCACACGAAUUUGCAAUCAACUUUAACCCCACCAACCCCUUCUGUUCAGGUGUAGAGGGUAUUGCCCAGGCCUACUCUGCUUGCCUCCCUCACAUUCGCUUCUACGGCCCGACAAACUUUGCUCCGAUCAUCAACCAUGUAGCACGUUUCGCUGCCCAGGCGCUCCAACAAGAGAAAGCAGCGCAGUACUUCACUCUCCUGAUCAUAACAGAUGGAGUCAUCAGCGAUAUGGACGAGACGCGUGACGCCAUCGUACAGGCUUCAAAGCUACCCAUGUCCAUCAUCAUCAUCGGGGUGGGCAAUGCUGACUUUGCCGCCAUGGAGUUCUUGGAUGGUGACGCCAGCGUUUUGAGGUCCAACUCAGGAGAGGAGGCUGUCCGGGACAUCGUGCAGUUUGUUCCUUUCCGGGAUUUCCGCAAUGCACCCAAGGAGACCCUCGCCAAGUCAGUCCUGGCCGAGCUGCCUCAGCAGGUCACACAGUAUUUUAAACAGCGAAAUCUACCUCCCAGAAACACAGCAUCAGAGUGAGACGCCCAGUGGAAGAAGAAGAAGAAGAAGAGAGCCCAGUCGCUGUGCUAUUGAUUGAUUGUUUCUUCUCAUUGGCAGCAAACUAUACGAAAAAAAGGGAGCAAACUAGCCGUGAACAAGAAUAUGUUGUAGUUACCAGACUCCUUUAAGACAUCCCUGCCAUUAAAUCAGUCAUUACUGGUUAGAGAAUGUGUGUUUCUUGUAUUGAGCAUACAGGUCUAUGAAGGUAUUGUGUUUAAAAUGAUUUAUAUCUAAAGUGAUGGCAGGUGUUGUCAAAUGAUAUAUUUAAAUAUGCAGGUAAAACAUUGGCCUUUUUUUUAGAUACAUUUAAAAAAAAAAUCUGGUUUUUAGAGUGUACUUGUAUUGCUUUUGCAUGUGUGUGUCUUGUGAUUGAUACCACGUGGUACAUACAAGUCUUUGGUGUGAAGUCUCCUCACUAAGCAGAACUUUUAGCAGUGGUUGAAUGCCCCCUUUGUUGUCAUACAGAUCCUUUUCAGGUAGCGGAUCUCGUGUGGUGAACUCACAGAUUGAGCCUGACUAGUGUACUUUGUCUUCGCCCCCUGCUGCAUUGUCAGCGGGGGAGGUUUUUUAAAAAUAUGUUGUUUUAAAAACCAGUAGUCCAACAGGGAGCUCUUUAUGUUCCACUUAGCUUCUUUGGUUCAAGAUGACAGAAUCAGGUGAGGAUGAGGAUGUAGUGGCGACCGUAGCACUAACACAAGAAACAUGUUGGAUACUGUGUGAACUCAUUCAGCCUUUGCUUGAUAUUGCAAAUCCAUCCAUUCAUCCAUCCAUUAUCUAUGCCGCUUAUCCCGUUCAGGGUUACAGACGUUGAUCCCAGCUGCAAAUCCUUUGACUAUUAUUGACUUUGGUCUAUCCUGCAUGUUGCCAAUAUGUACUUACUGUUUACAAGCUGAUGCUAACGAUCACAAAGGCAUGACUUUUGUUUUCCCUCCAGUGUGAUAUUUGUCAGAUUUUGUAAAUAUUUUAAAGAGAUUCUAUCUAAGGGGGUCCUGUUAGAGCUAUGUGGCACAGAGAGGGAUGUUGGAGUUUUUAAACGUGGAAUCACGUAGAAGAGGAGUUUCUGAUACACAGAUAUCUCAAAUGUAUAUUUAUAUGAUGCUGUUCAUGUUCUGAUAAGCCAAUGUUCGGACAUGUUUUUAAUGUACUUUUUAUGCAGUGCUGAACUGUGUUCUUUAACUAUUAUUAUGUGUAUUACUGUGCAUCUUUGUACUUCAUGUAUUGCUAUUGAUUUUAUAAAGUUGUAUCUCUGUCCACACUCAGGUUAAUAAACUGAAGGAAAUGUCA